AUGUUUGCGACGGCAGCGAAGCUCUCGAGUGCGCAGCCUGCGUUCAGCGAGCUGCACAAAAAGUAUGUGAUGAACUUGUACAGGCGCUUCCUGCGCGACUCGCUCAACUGGCACAUCCGGCGCGACGCGUGGCGCCUGGAUGCCAUUCGUAUCCGCACCGAAUUUGAACAGCACCGCCACGUUCGGAACCCGCGUGAACUUGCGAACAUUUUGAACCAGGCAGAAGCGCGUCUUGAAAGCCGGCAACACCCCGAUCCAUACAAGCCGCCGACGUAUGUGGGCGGUACCAAGUGGGAGCGCAAUUUGCCUCCACGUCUGUUUACCGACGAGCAAAAGACCGAGUCGCUCAAGGACCAGAAUGUCUAG